AUGGCGACACAUCAACGCAGACCGUGCCCUUGGCUUCUUGUCUGGGCCUUGGCCCUGUCUUGCACGCUGCCCAUCAUCGAUGGGCUUCGCCUGCGCUUUGAUCCCACGCACAGCCCACCCUCUGAAGCAGAAGCUUUGGCAGACCCGGAACGAUAUCGUGCCUACAAUCGUGCCGUCCUCUCUCGGAAUCUCAAACCCCUUCGGGUUCGAAUCGAGGAUGACAGCGGGAACCUAGUAACCACUGGCCCCGAUUCUGAGUUGGUGUUGCAAUUCACAUCAGCGGCCUAUUACCCAACCUAUGGACCCCUACCCGAUGAAGUGGCCGCCGUUGCCAACCUCACCGCCCUUGGCAAGGAGCGCCUUUUCAAGCGCGUCACCGGCGCCCAGCACACCUUUGACCUCGUCGAGCACAGCAGCAUGAUUGAUAGCGCCGUCUCCAUUCAAGCCCGCGCAGGAAUUGCAGAGCUCUAUAGCUGGGCCUCGGUGCCCACUGUCUACGUCUCAAACGAGACAACCAAUUUCCCUUUCGUGGCAGGAGCCCCCGUCCUGCUGAACGGCGUCUGCUGCAAGAACAUUUGGGAGGUUGUGCCCUCAAACUUGCUCAAGGCCUCGGCCAUCCAGUCAAACCCGUAUCACGUCUUUCCACGAGCCGAAUUCCUGGCCCUGGCUUCGCCAAUGCCAGCACGCGUGCUCACGGACGAGGUGUUGCCAGAUAUCGAGGUCCGCGUGAUGACCUAUGAUUACGUCAACCGCGACGCCCUGGAUCAGCCGCGCCCCAUGCCUUUGCUCCAUGGACCUGAUGUUGACAUGCUCGACAUUCAACUCACCAUUGCCUAUGAGCACAAAGUAUUUGCCGCCACCUCGCCCAAUGCCAGCAGCAUUAAUGUGGAGGGCAUGGACAUCUCGCCUCUCUUUUACUCUGCCUUUGAUCUCUACGGCGACGGCGUGGCCCAAACUGCUCGAGACGAUUGGGCCGUACGUCAGCGCGUCUCGCUUCUACCGAGUGGCCACUAUGGCGUCAUCUUUCGGGGCAUCCACUUUAAGCAGCUGGCUGCGACCGGCAUUCGGCUUAACAUUACCAUGUCGCACAUCGGUGGCCGAGACUUUUUCAACGAUAUUAAUCGCGGCUUCUCCAGAGCUGCCGCCUUCACGCGGGCGGGCCUGGGCAUGUAUGAGCUCCAAAACCUCACCAGCAAGCAACUUUGGAACGAACGCGAUCCCCAUCCCCUGACCCCAAAAUGGGAUUACUUGGCCAUUCAAGACCUACACCCCAAAAUAUACCAGGGCUAUGAGACAAACUUGGUUCGCCUCAGCCAUGCCGUGGCUCCAAACGGCUUUGCCUGCACCAAUCUGACAGAGCCACGGCGACAAGCCUGGUGCCAACAAUCCGCCCUCACCGUGGACCCCGCCAUGGCGGCUGGGCCGGGCGUACUCAUCACCAGCCCCAUUCUUGUCGAAGGUCGCUCGUUGGAUCACCUGUCCAUCACGUGGGCUCGACAAGCUACCGACCCCCCCGAAGUCCAAACGCAAGAGCUAUUCGACGAUUUGUUGGUGCAAGCUUAUGAUGCUGACGGCAAGCAAAUUGUGGCUGGGCCCCACGCCAGCCUUGUGGUCGACGUGGCAGCCUAUGAGCUCAACUCUGACAACGUCUCAGACAUCAAAGGGUCAGCCGCCAUUUGCAAUGCGUGGGAAAGUUUUGCACUGCCACUCGCCAACGGCGAGGCUCGCUUUCCCUAUGGUAUCUGCGGCCUCUACCCUUGGGUGGCCCUUCGCUUCGCUGUCACGGCCGGCAACAUAACGUCCGCUGUCUGGACGCAGCCCUUUACCGUGAAUGGCCUUUUACCAGUCGCGGUGAUGUUACCCGAAGCCGACACUGCUUCGCCCUAUGAACUGCCCUAUCGAGCAUACAAAAUGUUGAUGGAGCAGCAAAUUGUGGGCGUGGCUGGCAAUGGGCCUGAUCCUCAAGAACUGGGUCCCUACUAUCCCAACUGGCGCUACGUGCCCAUCUACAUUGACUCGCGAGGCGAACCCUUUGAAGUCAUCCAACGCCUUGAUAAAUUGCAUCAGCAACAUCACUUUCGCUACGCCAUUGGACCGUUUCGCGAUGAGAUUGGUACCAGUUUUGCGGAAUGGGUAUCCCAUAACAUCAGGUCGCAGUUUGCGUUGUCGAUUCGAUCCAAUCUCCAAGCACUAGGUGACGCUCAACGGUUCCCAAACAUUUGGCGCAUGGCCUUUGCCGAUGAAAUGUACUGGGUGACCCUGGUCGAGAGCAUGGUCAAUCGCAAGUGGUCUCUCGUGACACUGGUGCAAUCUGUGAGCGCGCCAUUUCCAAACGACUUUCUGGACCUUCUCCGCCUCAAUGGGAUACAGAUUCUGCUUAAUGUCCAGAUCAAUUCGGAGGAUAGCAGCGCUGAGCUGCUCAGCCAGCUCGAGACGAUUCAUCACGCAGCCGGACGUGUGAUCCUCGCAAACCUUGAUGCAAACGAUGCCACCCGUGUGUUCACCCAAGCCGUCAUGUCGAAUGUCACCGCCCAAGCGGGGUAUCAAUGGGUAGGCACUGAGACAACGUUCCGUGCCCUGGAUCUCCUGCAAGUGCCCGAUGCUGCCACAGCGUUUGAGGGGGCUUGCUUCUUGACGGCUAUGUAUGGCUUGGGCCCCGCAGCCAACUCGCGCCAGGUCGGUGCCGUCAGUGACUGGCAAUUGCGCCGGAAUCUUGGUGGCCUCGAUCCCUUUUGGGUGCGCGACGAGGAUUUUCGCCUCGAGGAGGCCAACAUGUGGCAGUUUGGUGAAGCCAUGCUGGCCAACGACGUUUUUUUCUUCGUUGGCUUUGCCCAUGCUGCAAUGCUAAACAAUGGCUUGACGGGCACGACCGAAUUUGUCAACGGCUUGCACAGCUACGUGGAGGACCUGGCUCUGUACUCUGGCUCCGACGUGAACUUCAACGUCAAUUGCGAUCGGAUUGGCUUUGUCGGUGUCUGGGCCCAACCCAAGGCAAGCUUUCGAGUUGAUGACAAUGCUUCGAGUGAGUUUGUGCCCUGGGACAUCCGCGGUGCCGUGGAGAAGGCCGAUGUCGACGAGCCCUUGAUCGAGCUGGACUUUAUCGACCCCCGUACGCUCGUAACGGCUCCAUCGCUAUCCUAUGCUGCUAGCGUCACCCAGACUACGGCACGUGUGCGCACCAAGGCACGGCUUUCCAAGUCCGAAGUCGUCUUUUAUCGCGAGAUUGUGGUCCCCGUGACGCACACCUGCGCCGGCGGUUGCGGUGGUGGCCUUCGCAAUGCCAGUGUCUCUGCCUACAUCUAUGAACACGGUACCUGUGUGGCGCCGGAGCGGUGCGAGUGCAUCAUGCGCGCAGACGAGCCGGAGAAACCAGCCUUCUUUGGCACCACUUGUGCAUCGGCACUCUGCGACCAUUCGUGUCGCAAUGGCAUAUGCCUGUACGACGCAGUUCAGGGAGAGACCGCCUGCAACUGCGAGGCGGGCUGGGGUGGUGACGACUGCAGCGUGGCCCAGUGCGCGCAGUUUGGCUGUGUGCAAGCACAGGGCGACUGCGAAUUACCCGACGUCUGUGUGUGUCGCGAAGGCUUUUUUGGUGCCGAUUGCGGUGAGGCGUGUCUCUGCGGACACGGCGAGUGCCAUGACGGCAACCGUGGCACGGGCACCUGUACGUGUGAGGCUGGAUACUUUGGCGUGGACUGUGCCCGAGCCUGCACAUGUGUCCACGGCAUGUGCAAUGAUGGUGCCUCAGGCAAUGGCAUGUGUGCGUCGUGCUCCUCUGGCUGGAUGGGAGAGAACUGCGAUUUGCAAGUCGCAGCCGUGGCCGUACCCAUUUUACUGGGCGCUGGAUCUCUCUGCAUUGGCCUCUUGCUCUUGGGACGUUGGUAUGUGCGGAUGGCUAAGCACCGUGCGUUGCUCGAUGACAUGGACUGGGUCGUUCCUUGGGAUGAUGUGCAAACCUCCGAGACCCGUGACAACGAGUCAUCAUCGCAGCGACACAAGUCGGUGCAGUUCCAGAGUGCCCUCUCUUUGGGUACACAAGGCAGUCGACAGCUGGCACUCUCCGAUCGAGUCGCUCGAUAUCGAGGGGCGCUGGUGCAGUUGGAGCCGAUCUACUGCAAGUCCAUGGAGGUGAACAUGGGGCUGCGACGUGACAUUCGGGCGCUCCGGGAGGCACACCAUCCCAAUUUGAUGAGCUUUGUGGGCAUGUGCGUACAGGCACCACACACGGCCCUGCUGUUUGAGUAUUGUCAAAAGGGAUCGCUCGAGGACAUGCUUGCCCAUGAGGAUGUGCGAUUGGACGAGACCUUCAAGUUCAGCAUGCUCAAGGAUAUUGCGGCAGGGCUCCGCUAUCUGCACCAGUCAGAGUUGCGCUACCAUGGCAAGCUCUGCUCGCGCAAUUGCUACAUUGACAAUCGCUGGACGGUCAAGCUCAGUGGAUUUGGAAUGCAGCAGGCGCUGGCCCACCAGAAUGCCGUUUGUCCAGAAAACAACAUGCUUGACUUUCCCAGCUUGCGGUGGACCGCGCCGGAGCUCUUGAUUCCGGGCCUGACGCGACUGAAUGAUUUGCUCUACGGCUCUCAGGCGGGUGAUAUCUUCAGCUUUGGUGUCCUCAUGUCGGAGGUGUGGACGCGCGAGCAGCCCUACGAUGAUUCGACGCUGUCGGGCCAGGAGAUUAUUGCUCAGCUCGGAGGCUUUUCCGCACAAAGUCGCAUAGGGACGGCCGUGAUCAAGCAGGCGUGGGCAGUGAAAGAUGGCAUGAGCGGCGAGUCGAGGACUGAUGAGCUGCGCCCGACUAUUUACGCGGGUACCCCGCAGCCUUUGGGGGCCUUGAUGCGGCGCUGCUGGGCCCAGAAUGCAGAGGAACGCCCGGCCCUGAAAGACGUGAUGCGAGAUUUAGCUGUUAUCCAUCCAGUCAAAGGCUCGAUGGUGGACAAUUUGGUGCGCAUGCUGGAAAAGUACUCGCAGGACCUCGAGGGCAUUGUGUCUGAGCGCACUGCUGAGCUGGCGCAAGAGAAGGAAAAGGUGGAAACGCUGGUACAUCGCAUGCUGCCCAAAGCCAUCGUAGAGAAGCUCAAGGAUGGCCAGGGCGUCAAGGCUGAGAGCUUUGAUGAAGUGACCAUCUUUUUCUCAGGGACGCCACUUGACGGUUACCGUGAUGGAAUGCGGCUAGACAUUGUGGGCUUUACGCGCAUCUGCUCCAUGUCAACCCCACUGCAAGUGGUGGACAUGCUCAACGACCUGUACACGUGCUUUGAUGCCAUCAUCGAUGAGUAUGACGUGUACAAGGUGGAAACAAUCGGGGAUGCGUACAUGGUGGUGAGCGGGCUGCCGACGCGAAAUGGCAAGAAGCAUGCAGGCGAGAUUGCAAGCAUGGCGCUACACAUGUUGAGCGAGAUUGUCAACUUUCGAAUCCGGCACUUGCCUCUCGAGCGGCUUCAGCUUCGAGUGGGACUGCACAGUGGACCCGUGGUGGCGGGGGUGGUCGGUACUAAGAUGCCUCGUUACUGUCUUUUUGGCGACACUGUCAACAUUGCAUCACGAAUGGAGUCGGGUGGCUUUGCCUUGCGUGUGCACUUGAGCGACACCACGGCGCAGCUGCUCAAAGAGCUGGGGGGAUAUGAUUUGGAGCUGCGCGGUCAACGAGAGGUCAAAGGACGGGGGCAGAUGUGCACCUAUUGGCUCAACGGAAAGCAGGGUUUUAACCGACCCUUGCCCUCUGCCGACAUGCGAGUGAGCGCCUCACAGCAUGAAUUCAAGUAG